AUGGACGGCAUGGACUACGACCCCAUGAUGAUGGACGGCGAGCCCGAGCAGCCCCAGGUCAAGAUUUCAGCGGCCGAUGGCGCGCGCGUCGACUUUGAGCUGUCCAAGACGAACCUGUCGUUUGCCAACUCGCUCCGGCGCGUCAUCCAGGCCGAGGUGCCCACCAUCGCCGUCGACCUGGUCGAGAUUGAAAUCAACAGCUCGGUGCUCGCCGACGAGUUCAUCGCCCACCGCCUCGGCCUCGUGCCUCUCAACUCAAAGGGCGUCAACGAGCUCAACUACUCGCGCGACUGCGAUUGCGAGCAGUACUGCGAGCAGUGCAGCGUCACCCUCACCCUGCACGCAAAGUGCACCAGCGACCAGAUCAUGAAGGUGUACGCCCGCGACCUCGUCGCCGACGGCCGCCACGGCAGCUCCGUCGGCAGCCCCGUCAUCGCCGAUCCCGAGGGCCUCGGCUGCUUGAUUGCAAAGCUGCGCAAAGACCAGGAGCUGAAACUGACGUGCAUAGCCAAAAAGGGCAUCGCCAAGGAGCAUGCCAAGUGGAUGCCGACGUCGGCCGUCGGCUUCGAGUACGACCCCCACAACAAGCUGCACCACCUCGACAUGUGGUAUGAAAACAACACGGAUCCCAUCAAGGAAUGGCCCAAGAGCAAAUACGCAGAGUGGGAGGAGCCCCCGCAAGAAGGCGAACCGUUCAACUACGACGCCGUCCCCGACAGAUUCUACUUUGAGGUGGAGACCUCCGGCACCAUGGAGCCCGACCAAAUCGUGCAAGGAGGGAUAAGAGCCCUGCAGCAGAAGAUCGGCGCUCUCCUCAAGGGGCUCGACCCCAGGAAAUACGGCGGCGACGAGGCCGACUUUGACGGCCCGCGAAGUCCAGACCUGAACAUGGACGGAGGCACCACGCCCUGGCAGGAUCAGGGCACCACGACCCCGUACGGCGGCAACAUGACGGCCUACGGAGGCGGCAACACCUCCACGACGCCGUACGGGCAGUCUUCGUGGCAGUGA